CCGUACCCCAACACACCACAGUCCUCCGUCAACCCGUUCGUUCGUACAUAGAUUUCGCAACCUUCACUAAUUUGCCAAAUUUUGUAUUGAAUUUUUACGGCACAUUUCAUUUGAAAUUCUGAAUUUCAAACUUCCUGUUGUGAUAUAAAAUUAGUUUAGUUCGUACCUUGCAUUCUCGUUCGUGGUUUCCAGCGCGAAUCAUAGCUUUAAUUUGUAUUUAUCAAUUAGCAUUAGAAGACACAGUCAAAAUGGCAUCACCAUGGGGUAAAAUAGACAAAGUCGAGACCACAAACUUUCAGGACAUCAUGUCCGAAGAGUAUGCUCGCGGUCUUCAGAACAAGGAGAACAAGAAGCUCACCGAAUACCUGAGAAUGGGCCUGGAGGAUCGCAGCAGCCAGUCCAAGGAGAAGCCCGGAUCCAGCAAGUCUGAGGAGAAAGAUGACGACGGUGAACAGUAUCAGAGUGAAAAGAAGGACACAACGCCAGAGGAUGUUAUGAAAAUUAUACAGGAAGACCCGAUGCUGGGAGCAGGCACGAUACUUACUGAGUACUGCGAUUCUGACGAGCUGAUUGCACACGUGUUGCAGGCACAAUUCGACUCUGAGUACAACGAGGAGCUGAAAAGGCUGGAGAAGUCGAAGAACAAGCAAUCGAAAAUCUCAGUUUCCUUCAAGAACUACGAGAGGCACGGCGAUAACGAUUUGGAGGAUGAGGACGACUACGACGACGAGCACUUGUAUGACAACAUGAAGGGCGACUGGGAUCGUUUCGAGACGAACGAGAAGAAAAUCGACUCAAUCCCAAAGUGCGGGUUCAAGGUUGACGAGGAAGGCGGCAUGGUUACCAAACACGACGCACAACUGUGCGGAGUUCGGAACGCAUGCCGUGUAAUGUCGUUCCCCCCUGAAUUCCCAACGGGAGACGCAGGAGGGUUCGACAUGAAGCUGUCCAACUCGGUCUUCAAUCAGCUAAAGAGGAGUUGCGCCAAGAAGUCGAAAAAGAGCAGAAUGCACGAUCGCAAGGAAAACAUUGCAACUGCUGAGAUGGGUGUCGACGAACCGACUCGGUUGCUCCUCUACAAACUCAUCAACAACCAAAUCCUGGAGCAAGUCAACGGCAUCAUAUCCACCGGGAAAGAAGCGCUGAUUCUCCAUGCCAACAGCGAUGCCUCGUACACAGGCGACCUACUCUUGCCGCGAGAAUGUGCCAUAAAAAUUUUCAAGACGACCCUCAACGAAUUCAAGCAACGCGAUCGAUACAUCAAGGAUGACUACCGGUUCAAGGACCGAUUUUCGAAGCAAAACAACAGAGUUAUCAUAAAUAUGUGGGCCGAAAAGGAGAUGCACAACAUGAUGCGAAUGCAAAAGGUCGGAAUCAACUGUCCAGACGUUGUGAUACUCAAAAAGCAUAUUCUGGUCAUGUCGUUCAUCGGCAAGGAUCAUCUAGCAGCCCCGAAGCUUAAGGACGCCCGACUAUCAGACGCAGAACUGAGCGUAGCAUACGAAGAAGUCGUGGAUAUGAUGUAUAAAAUGUACAACGAAGCGAAGCUGGUCCAUGCCGACUUGUCGGAAUACAAUAUUUUGUGGUACGACGGAAAAUGUUGGUUUAUAGACGUCGCACAAUCCGUCGAGCCGGGCCACCCAUCAGCUUUGGAGUUCCUGAUGCGCGAUUGCGACAAUAUUAUCUCCUUUUUCACACGACGAGGCCUACCCAACAUCAAGACCAAAGAAGAACUCUUCGAAUACAUUACAUCGCUCAAUGCUCAAUCACACAACACAGCAAUGCUCGAGCGGAUACACAUGCGUGGUGCGUCCGUGAAAGAAGCAACACUGCCAAAUCCCGAGGAGAUCCCGGAAGAGUUCAAACCAAUUUCAUAUCCAUUUGACUUGGCCUGGGAGAAAACAAUGAGUGAGAGACAGAGGCCAGAAGUUAGUGACAAUAAAAUCGAAAUUGCAAUAAAUGAAAGUGCUGAUGCCUUAAGAGUGCUUGCCAUUCAAAAACCUGUUGAAUGCGAGGUCUCGGCUGACUAGACGACGGACUAUGCGGGGGAGGAGGGAUUUAAAAUGAGAAAUUUUAUUCUUUGUGGAAUGAAUAAAUGAAGUGAAUUUAACAUGAAAAAAGACAAACCAAUUGGAUUGUAUCAGAACCAAUACAGGCCGUGAAUUAAACAAAUCCAGAUGAGCUUAGAACUCAUCUGGACCACAUCAAA